GGGAAUCCCACACAACUAUGAUAUUAUGUGGUACCGAACCUAAUACACAAGCCAAAAACGGCAAUGCGGGGGAUUUGGCCAGUUCCGACCCGCUCUCGAAUGUUUUCUGCCCUCCCCCGACCUCUUUUGACUACUUUACGGCGCGCUACUACAACCAUUAUUUGUUCGAGGAUUGCAAGAAAGUACCAGGCAAUAGCGUCCGUCUUCUACAGCAUUCCAAUGGGCUUUGCAUCUUGUGUGUGGAUCCAUCCCAUGCGGCCCUGCAGGCCCUUCGCACCGCGGCCCCAACGCUUUCCCUCCUCUCUGUGGUGUUCGGAUCCGGCAGAGGGAAUUCGAAUAUUGCCGCCGGAAGCAUCGGGGUCGUCGGGAAGAAGAAGAAGAACGCAAUCGUCUGCCAGGUAGAAACCAAGCUGUGUACUCUGAUGUUGUCCGAUGGUAGCUCGUAUUCGAUCCCGGCGUGUUUGAACGGUUUCGUGAUCGAGCUAAACGAGAAUUUGAUGGCAAAUCCGUGGUUGGUAGCGACGGCCCCAACCACGGAGGGGUUUCUUGCGGUGAUUAACCCUAGCGCAAAAAAUGAUUUUACGGGCAUGAAAAAGAUAUGGACCGCAACUGGUGGGGAUCUUUGCGUUGAAGAGCAAGAUUAAUAAUAACAGAUGUUCGGUGGGUGUUUGACGUGUACGCCAAUAAUGAAUCAGGAUUUGAAAAAGAAAAUGGUCAACGAUUUUCCUCCAAUUCCAGAGGUAUUUUUGUGGACAUUUUCACCUUCAAUUUUAUGCUACUCUAAGUAACCCUUUGAAGGAAA